ACUACAGGCGCCCUCCGCCACGCCCGGCUAAUUUUUAUUUUUUCGGAUUUUUAGUGGAGGCGGGGUUUCACCAUGUUAGCCAGGAUGGUCUCGAUCUGGAUUCUCUUUGAACGGUAUAAAAGUCUGUGAGAUGGCCGUGGGGAAACUCAGAGAAAUUAAAGGAUGAAGCAGUGUACAGAGAGGAAAGAAUGUUAUAUGUGUGGUCUGCUUGCAAGUGCUGGAUGCCUCCUCUGCCUGCUCCAACUAAACUGUCUGCUUAUGAGAAAGUCAUUGCUCCUCUGAGUUCCUGCCUCCCUAUAUAUUCAACAUUAGAAUUUUGCCAGGUUAUCUUUUAGGGUCGUUCAACUCUAACAUAUAUAUGUGACACUGAACUCAGACACUUCAGAACAGGAACCCUGGAUUUCUCUGGAUGUGGAAAUCUUUAAAUCUAUACCUGACUGGUAGGACAAUCAAUCUGUCUUCCUUUCCUCUCCUCUCCCACUUAUGAAGGGAGUCCAGUCAGAAACAUGUUUGUCUAUGAGGUAGUAUAUCUGGUAUUUCUGAGGAAUUCAGUUAUUAUAUAGGAUUAUAGAAUAUUCAACUUUGAGUAGGGUCUGUGGACUCCAUCAAUUGCGUUCUGGGGGAGGUAACAUGAAAGAACAUUCCUACUUUAGAAAUAGAUAUUCUCUGUUCAAACCUGACACCCUGACAGGAUCCUAAAGGAUGGAAGCUAAAGUGGUGUGGUAUAUAAAUCCCAUGACCUUGAACAACUGGUUUUAUGUGGGUGUCACCAGUGCUUUAUAAAAGUAAACUGCAUCGCCCCGAGUUCAGUCAUACUGCACCAGCUGAGCAAUGCACAGAGUGGACCUGUAGACGAUUUGCAUCGUCUUCAACAUGAAGAUAGCCACAGUGUCAGUGCUUCUGCCCUUGGCUCUUUGCCUCAUACAAGGUGCUGCCAGUAAGAAUGAAGAUCAGGAAAUGUGCCAUGAAUUUCAGGCAUUUAUGAAAAAUGGAAAACUGUUCUGUCCCCAGGAUAAGAAAUUUUUUCAAAGUCUUGAUGGAAUAAUGUUCAUCAAUAAAUGUGCCACGUGCAAAAUGAUACUGGAAAAAGAAGCAAAAUCACAGAAGAGGGCCAGGCAUUUAGCAAGAGCUGCCAAGGCUACUGCCCCAACAGAGCUGAAUUGUGAUGAUUUUAAAAAAGGAGAAAGAGAUGGGGAUUUUAUCUGUCCUGAUUUUUAUGAAGCUGUUUGUGGCACAGAUGGGAAAACAUAUGACAACAGAUGUGCACUGUGUGCUGAGAAUGCGAAAACCGGGUCCCAAAUUGGUGUAAAAAGUGAAGGGGAAUGUAAGAGCAGUAAUCCAGAGCAGGAUGUAUGCAGUGCUUUUCGGCCCUUUGUUAAAGAUGGAAGACUUGGAUGCACAAGGGAAAAUGAUCCUGUUCUUGGUCCUGAUGGGAAGACGCAUGGCAAUAAGUGUGCGAUGUGUGCUGAGCUGUUUUUAAAAGAAGCUGAAAAUGCCAAGCAAGAGGGUAAAACUAGAAUUCGACGAAAUGCUGAAAAGGAUUUUUGCAAGGAAUAUGAAAAACAAGUGAGAAAUGGAAGGCUUUUCUGUACACGGGAGAGUGAUCCAGUCCGUGGCCCUGACGGCAGGAUGCAUGGCAACAAAUGUGCCCUGUGUGCUGAAAUUUUCAAGCGGCGUUUUUCAGAGGAAAACAGUAAAACAGAUCAAAAUUUGGGAAAAGCUGAAGAAAAAACUAAAGUUAAAAGAGAAAUUGUGAAACUCUGCAGUCAAUAUCAAAAUCAGGCAAAGAAUGGAAUACUUUUCUGUACCAGAGAAAAUGACCCUAUUCGUGGUCCAGAUGGGAAAAUGCAUGGCAACUUGUGUUCCAUGUGUCAAGCCUACUUCCAAGCAGAAAAUGAAGAAAAGAAAAAGGCUGAAGCACAAGCUAGAAACAAAAGAGAAUCUGGAAAAGCAACCUCAUAUGCAGAGCUUUGCAGUGAAUAUCGAAAGCUUGUGAGGAAUGGAAAACUUGCUUGCACCAGAGAGAACGAUCCUAUCCAGGGCCCAGAUGGGAAAGUGCAUGGCAACACCUGCUCCAUGUGUGAGGUCUUCUUCCAAGCAGAAGAAGAAGAAAAGAAAAAGAAGGAAGGUGAAUCAAGAAACAAAAGACAAUCUAAGAGUACAGCUUCCUUUGAGGAGUUGUGUAGUGAAUACCGCAAAUCCAGGAAAAACGGACGGCUUUUUUGCACCAGAGAGAAUGACCCCAUCCAGGGCCCAGAUGGGAAAAUGCAUGGCAACACCUGCUCCAUGUGUGAGGCCUUCUUUCAACAAGAAGAAAGAGCAAGAGCAAAGGCUAAAAGAGAAGCUGCAAAGGAAAUCUGCAGUGAAUUUCGGGACCAAGUGAGGAAUGGAACACUUAUAUGCACCAGGGAACAUAAUCCUGUCCGUGGCCCAGAUGGCAAAAUGCAUGGAAACAAGUGUGCCAUGUGUGCCAGUGUGUUCAAACUUGAAGAAGAAGAGAAGAAAAAUAAUAAAGAAGAAAAAGGGAAAGUUGAGGCUGAAAAAGUUAAGAGAGAAGCAGUUCAGGAGACAUGCGAUGAAUUUCGGAGUCUUUUGCAAAAUGGAAAACUUUUCUGCACAAGAGAAAAUGAUCCUGUGCGUGGCCCAGAUGGCAAGACCCAUGGCAACAAGUGUGCCAUGUGUAAGGCAGUCUUCCAGAAAGAAGAUGAGGAAAGAAAGAGGAAAGAAGAGGAAGAUCAGAGAAAUGCUGCAGGACAUGGUUCCAGUGGUGGUGGAGGAGGAAACACUCAGGACGAAUGUGCUGAGUAUCGGGAACAAAUGAAAAAUGGAAGACUCAGCUGUACUCGGGAGAGUGAUCCUGUACGUGAUGCUGAUGGCAAAUCGUACAAUAAUCAGUGUACCAUGUGUAAAGCAAAAUUGGAAAGAGAAGCAGAGAGAAAAAAUGAGUAUUCUCGCUCCAGAUCAAAUGGGACUGGAUCAGAAUCAGGGAAGGAUACAUGUGAUGAGUUUAGAAGCCAAAUGAAAAAUGGAAAACUUAUCUGCACUCGAGAAAGUGACCCUGUCCGGGGUCCAGAUGGCAAGACACAUGGCAAUAAGUGUACUAUGUGUAAGGAAAAACUGGAAAGGGAAGCAGCUGAAAAAAAAAAGAAAGAGGAUGAAGACAGGAGCAAUACAGGAGAAAGGAGCAAUGACAAAGAGGAUCCGUGUCGUGAAUUUCGAAGCAUGCAGAGAAAUGGGAAGCUUAUCUGCACCAGAGAAAAUAACCCUGUUCGAGGCCCAUAUGGCAAGAUGCACAUCAAUAAAUGUGCUAUGUGUCAGAGCAUCUUUGAUCGAGAAGCUAAUGAAAGAAAAAAGAAAGAUGAAGAGAAAUCAAGUAGCAAGCCCUCAAAUAAUGCAAAGGACCAGUGCAGACAGGUUCAGAAUGAAGCGGAGGAUGCAAAAUUUAGACAACCUGUGCGUUCCUUGGCCUCUGUUGCCAGGAUGAGUACAGAUGAGUGCAGUGAAUUUCGAAACUAUAUAAGGAACAAUGAACUCAUCUGCCCUAGAGAGAAUGACCCAGUGCACGGUGCUGAUGGAAAGUUCUACACAAACAAGUGCCACAUGUGCAGAGCUGUCUUUCUAACAGAAGCUUUGGAAAGGGCAAAACUUCAAGAAAAGCCAUCCCAUGUUAGAGCUUCUCAAGAGGAAGACAGCCCAGACUCUUUCAGUUCUCUGGAUUCUGAGAUGUGCAAAGACUACCGAGUAUUGCCCAGGAUAGGUUAUCUUUGUCCAAAGGAUUUAAAGCCUGUCUGUGGUGACGAUGGCCAAACCUACAACAAUCCUUGCAUGCUCUGUCAUGAAAACCUGAUACGCCAAACAAAUACGCACAUCCGCAGUACAGGGAAGUGUGAGGAGAGCAGCACCCCAGGAACCACCGCAGCCAGCAUGCCCCCGUCUGACGAAUGACAGGAAGAUUGUUGAAAGCCAUGAGGGAAAAAAUAAACCCCAAUUCUGAAUCACCUACCUUCACCAUCUAUAUAUACAAAGAAUUCUUCGGAGCUUGUCUUAUUUGCUGUAGAAAACAAUACAGAGCUGUUGGGAAUGGACUCACUGAUUUUCAGUCUUCUCCAUCUCUUUCCUCCUAGACUCUGUGAUCUGAGGGUAUAAAGACAUCUCCACCAAGUCUGAGCCCUCAAAAUGUCCUGAUUACAAUGCUGUCUGUCCAACUGCCUGUUCAAUAAAAGUAAACUCAGCAGAACACCCUUUCUGGGAUUUCUUUGUCACUAUCUGGAUAAUAGAUAUUUGCUUUUAAAGAAACUGAAUAAACUCUACCCUUUUGUCUUUUUGUGUUGCGAAACCCAUUGGUGGACAGAGAAUGUUCACUUUUUUCCUGCUUAAGUUGCUGUCAUAGCUGAGAAGGACUGUCUAGAAGAGAGGUGGGGAGAUAUGGGUUCCCAUCAGCCAACAGCUAUACAAAGUUAAACUAGCUAUAAAUCAGCUUCAUCUUAACUAUUCAUUACCAUACCAGCUCCCCUUUCUACAUUUUCAUGAAUGGGAUAACUGCCUCUCAGUUAUUUAGGUCCCAUCUGAACACAUAAACCAGUAAGUUUUCAUGUCUAUUCAUUAAGUUACCUCUUGACAAUUUCCUUGUACCCAUCAUCU